UCUGGUGAAAAAAAAAUCAUAAUUUUCGGUAAAAUGAGGAACUUAACAUCGUUUCUGAAUUUUCUGCCUUCAUUCAAAACCGAAGAAUUGAAUCCACCGGUGGAACUGUGGAAAACAGUGCUUUCUUUAUACGAGAAUGAUCCCCAGUUCCGAUACGGUUGUUUGAUGCUGGUUUUCGGUGUUAUCCUUAUCAUAACCGUCCCGUCCUGUUGGUUAUACUACGCAUCCCAAGCGAAGAGACGACGAGAAUUGGAAAAUUGUAUCUUGGCAUUGGAACUGAUAGCCGAGAAUCGUGCUCUUCACAGGCAGAUCGUGUCAUUCUUGGAAGAUCAAUAUCCGGAGCCAGGAACCGUUAAUAUGCUCACAAACAAAAAAGUUGAAACUGGCGAGUGAAUGUGAAGCUGUUUAAUUGCAAAUGUUAGAAGCGAACAAUCUUUGAUUCCGUUAUAAAGAGAGCUUGAUUGACA